CAUUGAUUUUAGCCACAUCUGUAUUAGUAAUGUCCGCCUGCUGCAGGUUCUCUACUAUCUACCCCUUCUUGGUUAACCCUGCCAGUACAUUGCUCUCCCAUCUGAUUUCCCACGCAAGCAGUGCCUGUGCUGCCGAGAUUCCAUGCCCCUGGAAAUCUCAUUGAUAGCUGGAUCUUUGUGCAAACCGAACUUUGCAUCCGAGUCCAAUGGCAGGCACAGCGCCACUGCAAUGCCCUUUGACUGGCAAAACUCUGCUAAUUCUGGCUAUGGGAGGUACGGGUGCAGCCCGACUUGGUUCACCGCCGUAGCAGCUGUGGUGUUUGUUGGCAGAUACUCAAUGUUUGGCAUAGGAAAAUUUGGCAUGCCAAUCGCCCUAGCCUUGUAUGUCUUUGAGCAUGGGAUGCCGCUGUUGCAAAUGCCGUCGUCGACCGCUGCCUCAUUUUGGUACAAUCAGGCAGUAUCGGUAUGGCAGUAUCCGGUGCGAAUGGCCUCUUCAGUUGAUCUAGUCCCAUGUUCGAGAUCAGCAAACCAAGCUCCAUGGCCCAUGACGGGUAUUUCAGCAUCUGUUUAACAUUGUAUUUGCCAGUGAGCGGGGAUAUCCUAGCAUGAUCAGUAUUCAGAACAAACAGCUGCUAUUACUAGUUCAGUGAGG